AUGCCUCGAAAAGUGAAGAAACCAGCGUUUAAAGUGGGCGACUUUGUCUUCGCCAAGCUGCAUGGCUAUCGUGCCUGGCCAGCACGUAUUGUCACGAUCAUCGGGCGAUUUUUCGUCGUGUACUUCUACGGCACCUACGACAGAGCACGUGUUACACGCCAUCAACUCUAUUUGUACGAGAAGAGUUACAAGCGUUUCGCAUCAGCAUCACAUCUUAAAAAUGCAAUCUUCAAACACGCCAUGCUGCACAUCCAGGACGCACUGACUCAUCCCGAUGAGGACAUCGGCUACGAGCAAAUGCUGGCAGAGUAUGCUCACCAGUCAGAAUCAGAUGAAUCUGAUAUAGACAUUGCGGUCAGUCAUCUUACUGCAGAUCCGAAUGUAAUUGUCGUUAAUAAUCUGGAUGGCGCGAUUAUAGGUCGGACCAUAUACUAACA